AUGGCCAGCUUCACGUCUCUGAAACCUCUCCUUGACGCAAUGUCUCCUGAGGAUUUAAUCUCAGCAGCCGAGUACAUUUCCCACAAACUCGACAAGCAGCUUGCAUCAACACCAAACCCCAGAAACACAUCCGAAGGAGCAACCAACGCAGAGGAAGAGAAAUCACAAACUUCAAUCUCCAAACCCUUCCCACUCUUCGAAUUACCUCGAGAACUUCGAGACAUCAUCCUCUCCUACGCUGUACAAUACCCCUCUCCAACCUCCACCAUCCACGAGCACAAACAAGCAGUCAUCCAUCCACUUCUCCACACAAACCGCCAGUUACGGUCCGAAGCCGCAGAACCUUUCUUCUCCCAGCACAAAUUCGUCUUUCGGGGUGAUGAGCGCUUUGGUCGUCUCUCCCAACUCCUUUCAAUUUCCGGCAAUAUCUGGAACAAAUUUGUGAAGUGUGUCGUUUUGAUCCCAACGGAAAGUCAUGGCCGGAAAAAUCCUUGGAUUAUUUUUGAUGCGGGUUGGUCGGCUGCUCAGACGAGGAAGUGGAAAGCUGAAACGGGGUUGGGGGAUGGGGUGGUCUGGACGGCUAUGAGGAGGGUUGGUUUCGGGAGAGGGGGUACUUAUGAGGUUAUGGGGGAGGUGGCGAUUGAUGAGGGGGAGGCGAGACCUGAGAUUGAGAUUGAUGUUGAGUGA